UCUACUUCAGACUUCUGGUGAUCUGGAAUACUCAGAAUGUGUACAGACGGGCAAGACAAUUUGCUAGAAAGUGUGAUUUUGAAGAUUUGGACCCUCAACAUGUCGAAAUUCGAACUCGUGGUAGAAAAAUAAUUCGAGGAUCAGUUUAUUUUUUCAUGACAAGCGUUACCGCACAAAUAUUAUCAGCAACGUUGACAAGUCCAAACUACGCACCGAUUGCAUUCCCGAUAAAUUUGACCCUAUUGAGUCCGGCCAUGAAGCGGACAGUGCGAAAAAUCUACGAAUCCCUGCUGCUGGUGUAUUCUCACCUGGGGAGUGUCAACUUCCUGGCAAUCUUCAUACCGAUGAUAGAGUUACUGUGUGAACUAAAGAUCAUAAGACACUCGUUCGCUGGAAUAUUUCAGAACAAACCCAGAUAUCCCUCCUCAAAAUCUGCGCAAACCACCUUCUGGAUCAUGACCCAGUCUAGAAUCAAUCGUCUCGUCCAGCGGCAUUCGGAUAUCAUAGGAGAACUCAAAUCGUUCGAAAAACUAACAAGGACAUCAUUUCUCAUAAUUUACUACACUGCCAUGCUUUAUGUCUCGAUGACAAUCAUAGCCAUCUUAAAUGUACAAUCGUUCAGCAUGGCGACAAUAUUUCUGCUUGAAAACAUUCUCCGGAUGAUCGUCGAGUGUUAUGUGUUUUGUCAUCUGGCAACACGGCUCAACGAAGCGGUUAGUGGCUUUUGCAGCUGA